GCCGAGCCAACGACCUCGGUUUGCUGCACUGUGACGAAAGACAGCCAUAUGGAGUGAUAUUACACUUCAUGCUAAGGUUUGUUUUUUUUUUUUUCCUUGCGUCGCAACCGCGCAAAAAGCCGCUAAAUCUGAAGCCACCGUUGUUGGCAGUUCACUUGAGCGCUGUAAGGAGUCAAACGGACUGCCGGAACAAAGAUGCCUUAUGAUACAAUUCGGAGAGGCGUUAAGCGACCCAACCCAUUGGGGACCGCCAUCUUCGUCGGCCUCCGCUCCUUCGAUCCUUUUAUCCAGUAUAAUAUUUUAGCCAAUGGGUUGGGAUCUGGGUUGCUAGCCAAGGUCGGCUUGGAGCAACUGCCAGCGGGCCUGGCUACCAAUACCGGUACGAUCAUCGACAAGCUCGGUCUGUCUCCGUACAGACUGAUCUUGCUCUCGAUGUCUGUGGGUAGCGCGUUGAAGCAUAUCUUCUGGCUUCUUACUGUCUCCGAAGAGGGAUUCGAACCAAAGUCCGCGAUUGCCGUAGGUCUUUACAACACUUUCUGCAACUCAAUCAAUGAUUUGUUGUUCACAUCCUCGAUCGCGUCCGCUUCCUUGGCAAGUGGACAGUCCUUCCCACAGUGGCCUUUGAUAGUUGGUAGCCUGUCCUAUGUCAUCGGAAUUACUACAGAGACCGUAGCCGAGUUGCAGCGCAAGAGGUUUAAGAAGAACAAUCCAGGGAAGCCAUACACCGGUGGACUGUGGAGUUUGGCAAGACAUAUUAACUACACUGGUUAUGCUCUCUGGAGAGCAGGAUAUACAUGUGCUGGCGGCGGAUUCGGCGCCGGCUUGGUCAUGUUGAUUUUCACCUUGGUUGAUUUUGAUCGUAGGAGUAUUGUGACACUUGAUAAGUACUGUACAGACAGAUACGGAGCGCAGUGGGAGGACUUCAAGAAAAAGACUCCUUACAAGCUGAUACCUUACGUUUAUUGAAUAUUCUGUGGCUCAGAAAAUUAUCGCAACGGUUAUCCGGCAUUCGCGAGCGCGAUGAUCUGUAGAACCACCUGUUUUGCACGCUCAACUCUCCUCAAUGACAAGUUCCCAAAACGAAUAUAAUCCACAACUGCUCUGCAUUGUGCUGUAGUAAUGCCACGGAUCAGAGGUAAAACAUGAACUUCACGCACUAUUCCUUGAUCUGGAAUCCGCAACCAAUUCAUGCAAUUUUACAGUGAAUACAUUUACGCCCACAUAGAUGAAGAAGUAGUUGGAUACAAUUGCAUCAUGCAGCAUGCCUUUUUUUG